CCUCCCUGGGCUUAUGGACUAUGCAGCACAAUUCUGGGCGGUUCACUUUCAGAGAGCUGCUGUCUCAAGAGAAGAUCCAAUCGCGAAACGUGGACGCAUGCUUUGUCGACAAGGAAGUGGGCUGCAAUUUACAAACGCACCAGAUACGAGUUUCCCGAUUCCAAUGACACACUUAUGGCGUCCUAUCUAGGGCUCACAGCUAUUAGGAUUGUCCAGUUACUUCUUGACACUAGAAGGGUGGAUGUGGAGUCUAAGGACUCGGAGGGUCGAACUCCUCUCUCCUGGGCGGCAGAAAAUGGCCAUGAGGGGGUUGUCCAGCUACUUCUUGAUACUGGAAGGAUAGAUAUGGAGUCUAAGGACUCAGAGUAUGGUCGAACUCCUCUCUCCUGGGCCGCACGGAAUGGCCAUGAGAGGGUUAUCCAGCUACUUCUUGACACUGGAAGGGUAGAUGUGGAGUCUAAGGACUCAGAGUAUGGUCAAACUCCUCUCUCCUGGGCGGCAGAAAAUGGCCAUGAGGGGGUUGUCCAGCUACUU